AGAGCCCCUCUGAGCGCGGAUCGGGGCCGGGCGGCCGCUGCUGAGCCCUCUUACAGCUCCCGGCCCCGCCGUGGGUGUGCGCGUAUGCGGGAGGGGGAGAAAGAGAGGCUCCUGGUGCCCCUCCAAGCGCAUUAAGGACACUCGGGCCUUUUAAUUUUAGGAAUGAAUGCUGAUACUUGUGUUUCUUAUUGUGAUCCGGCUGCCAUGGAUUCCUACUACAACGCAGCCUCCCAGGGCGCAGACGGCUCCUCGCCUUUUAGGGCAUUUCAAGCGAGUGACAAGUUCGGCCCCGCUUUCCUGGCCGCCAAAGGACAGAGCUUCGGUGACAGCGGCGCGAAGUGCCGGAGCCGCUACAGCCCGCAGGAAUGCCCGUCCCUGGACGGCAGCGGGCAGGCGCCGGGCCCCGCCGCGCCCCCGCCCGCCUUUAGCAAAUACCCGCAGCCCCAGCAGCAGCCGCCGCACCUCUACAUGCAGCGCGGCCCCUGCAAGACCCCCCCGGAGAGCAACCUCAAGCUGCAGGAGAGCGGCGGCCACAACGGAGCCCUGCAGGUCUCCUGUUACGGUAAGGAGAGCAGCUUGGGAGAGGCUGACUUGCAGCCCAACGCCGACCCCUCGGGCAUGGACAGCAGCUACCUCAGCGUGAAGGAGGCUGGAGUGAAAGUCCCUCAGGACAGGGCCAGCACGGACCUCCCCAGCCCCAUGGACAAGGCGGACUCGGAGAGCAACAAGGGCAAAAAACGGAGGAACCGCACCACCUUCACCAGCUACCAGCUGGAGGAGCUGGAGAAGGUCUUCCAGAAGACCCACUACCCAGAUGUCUAUGCCAGGGAGCAGCUAGCCAUGAGGACAGACCUCACCGAGGCCCGAGUACAGGUCUGGUUCCAGAAUCGACGAGCCAAAUGGCGCAAGCGGGAGCGGUUUGGCCAGAUGCAGCAGGUCCGGACCCACUUCUCCACUGCCUACGAGUUGCCUCUGCUCACUCGUGCUGAGAACUAUGCCCAAAUCCAGAACCCCUCUUGGAUUGGCAACAAUGGAGCCGCCUCCCCUGUGCCUGCUUGUGUUGUCCCCUGCGAGCCGGUGCCCUCCUGCAUGUCCCCCCACGCGCAUCCCCACGCGGCUGGUGGUGUCUCCGACUUCCUCGGUGUCUCUAGCACUGGCGGCCACGUGGGCCAGACUCACGUGGGUGGCCUCUUUGGUACGGCCGGCAUUGGCCCCAGCCUCAACGGCUACGAGCUGAACAGCGAGCCGGACCGCAAGAGCUCCAGCAUCGCGGCCCUGCGGAUGAAGGCGAAGGAGCACAGCGCCGCGAUCUCCUGGGCGACAUGACAGGGCUGCCGCCCAGCGCCUCGGCACACCACGAGAGCCAGUGGGGAAGCUGGGAGACCGUCCUGCCGGGACUCCAGCCAGCCCUUGCCUCCUCGGGGAUGUGAACGCAGCACUUUGAGCUACCCUAGGUGUAUAGAGGACGUGUGUUAACGUAAGUGGCGUGUGCCCAGCAUGGACGUGGGAGGUCCUGGCCUCCUGGCACUGGGUCAGGGCUGUGGGGCAGCACUGCUGCCACCUGCUCUGGGGGUGUCCUCUGCUAUCGCCACUGCCUCCCCUGGGACUUGGAUGCCUUUCCUCCCCACGCCUUUUUCUGACACCAGAUCUGCCUUCCCGGAGAGUAAGAGCCCCCCCAGCAUCUCCAGCUCUUCCCUCCUCAGAACCCAUCUGCCUUGGGCAGGGGACAGGACGGGGACUCUGGCACCAGCAAAGAGACGCUCUUCAGGUUGCUCCUGCCUCGUGGGAGCCAUGGCUGAACGGGGUGAGGGGAUACCCGAGGCCAGAACGGUGGCAGUGCUAUCCCACCUCCUUCCACCCAGCAGGAGGUGAAGCACGGAGCUUAGGGGCCUCUUGUGUGGGCACAGUGCAACCACACUGCUGUCCUUGAUGGUUCUCCAGCCAUCCAGCUCAAGAUAUGCAUAUGAAAUGAUGGCUGCCUGGCCCUACUGCCACCUUGCAGAAGGUCACAACCAUAUGGGCACUCGGAGUUUGCUCUGUUACAGUUGUAGCUGUUGUGCUGUAGCAAAACAUGUUCCCUGUCUUUUACAGGGCCAGGAGUCACCACCCUCAGGUCCCCCAGGGACCCCAAAGAGGAACAGCUUGAGUGGAGCACAGAGCCAGGGCUGUAUGAGGGCAUCCUCACAUAACCUAUCAUUCCCUGCUUCCCCAAAACCACCUACCCACAAGAGGAAGGGGAGAGCUAGGGAGUGGGGAUAGUAGCAUGGUCCCAUCUCUGCAUGUUCCACUCCUCCCCUCACCUAGCACAGAGAAGGAAACACCAAAACUUGUUUUCUCUCCUGAAGUCCCACCCAUGGUUUUCCCCCCACAUGCUCCCACUUGCACAGCUGUGUUAAGUACAGUCUCCUCUACAAGGCCAAACCUCUCUCAAGCCAUUCAAUGGUGUCAUGGCAUCAAGGAUAAUUGCAGAGUUUCCUUUUGCCCCACCAAAGGUCACCAGCAGCCAUAGCACACAUGCUGAGUUCCACCUUGGUAAGCAAGAGAAGUGCAGGGUUUUGCCCCUUACAGCCAUCCCCUCACACCCCAUCCACUCAAGGUGCAGGGAGAUCUAGCGGCCCUGUAAUGGGCUGCAAACAGGCUACAACCAAAUGUCACGAUGCAGGUGAACUGCAUACCAUAUAAAAAUAUUUCUACAGUGCCUAAACAUUGCCAUACACAACACAGAUGAUUACAUCAAUGCUAGAUCAAAUGUAACACAUACUUAUUGGAAUAUGGGAAGACCCGUGGUGCUGUAUCUUGUCUCUCUGUAAAUACACCGAGAUGCCUGGCUCAGUGCACCUCGCAACAACAUGCAGUCAAGCAGACUAUGCGGAUGACCUGGGCUUUUCCACAGAAGCAAACCAGACUCACGUUCCAGCCUGAACGUUCAGCUGAGUUAUCAGACUAAAAUGUGCUUCAGGUGCUAAAAAUGAUGCCGAUUACCGAAUAGCUCUGGAUCACUGCCCUAAUCUCUCUCUUCUGCAUGCACUGGCAAUAAUGUUACCGUUUAAAUUGCAGUGAAUACCACCAUUUACCUUACCCCAGACUUCCUCGCCCAAAGCUCUUUUCCCACAAUGCAGAGGGAAAGGCGCUUUUCCACCACGGCGCUCAGCCUCCCAGAACUCAGCAGUGCAGCAGGUUGAGAGGGUGCAUGGGAUGGAUGCAGCAAGGGCGUGAGUACUGCUGGCUGUCCCACUGGGUGGCCAUGGCCAUGCUGGGGCUUUGCUGCACUCUACUGAAGCUGAAGGGCGUUCCUUCCUCCACUCUCACAGGGCCAGGAUUUCACCCAGGCUGCAUAACGGCUCACGAGAUGAAGAGCUGCAUCCUCUCCUCCUCAUGCAUUGGCCUCUGACAACCCUAAUCACUGCCAGAUGUGCCCAGUGCUGAGCUGCUGGGUGCACUGCAAGUGCAGAGCUCUGCUCCCAUGCCCCACUCUGCUGCCAUUCACCAGCAUAGCCCUUCUGCAUCUGCCGUCCUGCUGCAUCGUCCUGCCAGCAACAGCCUGGGCAUGCAGCGAUGCAGGCAGGUCUUCAGCUGUGUGCAUCUGCAGUUACACACAUUUUUAAAAUUAAUUUAAUAGUUAAAAAAACAAAAACAAACAAGCUAGUUGUUAAAUUAACAAGAAAAGCUGUAUAAAUAUAUAUAUAUAUAUACACACACUUAGAUAUAUAUGCGUGUGUGUGUGUAUAUAUAUAUAUACAUAUACAUAUAUAUAUAUAUACACACAUAAAUAUAUGUGUGUGUAUAUAUAUAUAUAUAUAUAUAUACAUAUCUUAACCUAGCCAACCUGCAGCUACUGCAUUUUUAAGGGUCACAGGGUCAGUGCUGUUCUUGCAAUUUCAAGCUACCACAAGGAUGCCUUUUUAAAUAAGAAUUAUUAUUAUUAUUUUAAUACUUUUCAAUUCUAUUUAUGUCUUUCUUCUCUAUUUAUUUCUUCUUUAGUAUUUCACUCCUGUCCAUACAUGGUGUUGCAGUUCCCUGGCUGGGAUUUAGAUGCCUGUGAAGCUGCAAGUUUCGCACCUCCCCCCCCCCAGCCGUGCUGUAUCCUGCAUGGUGCAGCACAGCAGCCCCAGCACCCUGAGCUCCCUUGCUCCCAAGAUGCCCUUUCCAGCCUUGCAGAGGGAGCAAAGGAGGCUGUCUUGCAUUACCCAGGGCUGGAAACACACAAGACAUCCCAGAUUUUGGGGCUAGGAAAGGCAAGCAGGGAGAGCAGCACAGUUCCUAAUGGGGGCUGACCGGUAGCCGGGUGCUGCUUGCUGCCAAGUGCUCAGAGCAGCUGUGCAUGCAUUGGCAGCAUCUGCAAACCAGCGGUGAACAUCCCACGGCUCCCCCGGUUGCUGUCCCCUCAGCCCUUUAACUCCUCCGAGCAUCUCCUGCUGUGCGUGCUGGAGCACAGCUGGCCUGAGAUACGGGCAGGGGCACCGCAGUAAAAACACCCGCACGGACACCCACUGUGCAUGAAGCGGCAGAGCUGCUGCACACGUGCGUGGCACCCCCUGCAGCACUCCCCUGGGGAGCGGGAUGUGGGGGCCCUUUGGCUGCAGAGGGUGGGGAGGCCGGGUCCCAUCGCACAGAGCAGAGCAGCGCCUUGUCAAACGUUCUCCAAACAAACAAAAGCCAAAAAGGUAGUUUCCUGGAAAAGGAUUUAAAAAACAAUCAGGCAGACACAGAGAUCUGUGUUUAUUUUGCUGCACUGACUGACACAACAGAAAGCAAACAGACCGAAUUAGAAAUUAAACCCAAAUGGGAACAGGGGGAGGAAUCGGGCUGAAAGUCAUCCCCAGCCCUUGCUGGGCCCGAGGAGGCAGCCCAGCGCAGCCUGGCACCCCGCUAGCUCUUUGCUGGUGCCCCACUCACUCCCCCAUCGCUAGGUAGGUAGGUAGAGCUAGGACUUUUGUACUACUGAUUUUUUGAAGGACAGUUUUCAAUGUGUAAUAAUAUAUCGGUUUAGGUGUGCAGUGUUUGAAAGAGAGACUGGGAGAAAGAAAGAAAACAAACCUCAAUCAAUAGUAUUGUUUUUGUUGUAAGAUAUUGUAACCUUGUAUAAACGCAAACAUUUUCUUUUCCUUUAGCUUAAAGGCCUGGGGUAGAACGUAUUCAAACAAACGAAAAAGGUUUUAAAAGUUCAGGAAAUUAAAAAAAAAAAAAAGAAUUAAAAAAAAAAUCAUUUAAAACAUUGCCACGUGAGGUUUGUGCCAUGCAAUGUUAAUGCCUAUGCAGCCAUGUAUUAGCAGUUCAUUACAGUGGAACAUUAAAAAAAAACAAAAGAACAAACAGACUUGCAGCUUGGUCCUUUCCAUGUUUUUUUCAAAGUAAGUUAUUGCACUUGCAGCUUCCUUUCUUUUGUUUGUUCGUUUGUUUGUUUGGGGGGAGGGGAGGGCUGGGAUUUCUGGGCACUACUUUUUCUUUUUCCAGUUUUUUAAAGGGGUGCAAUUGCUGGGAAGGCCCCCCGCUCCCGAGGCCCCGUGGCCACGGAGGUACAAGCACUGUUGUUGUUGUUUUGGUUUGCAAUAAACUCCUUCUCUUCUCUCCUCUCAA